AUGACUGACCAGAUCGUCCAUCCAGAUUCGUUUGCAUUUAUCGGUCUGGGUGCGAUGGGCUACCCCAUGGCCCUAAACCUCCGAAAAUUACUUCCUCCGUCCAAGCCCUUCUACAUCUACGACAUCCAACCUUCAGUCAUGGACCGUUUUGCCCUCGAAACCUCUACCUUCGGCGGCGCCACAUUCGCCACCUCACCUGCAGACGCAGCCUCCCACGCUUCCUUCGUCCUCUCUAUCGUCCCCGAGGGCAAACACGUCGAACAAGUCUACCUUUCCCCCUCCACCGGGAUCGUCCCAUUACUCACCUCUUCCGACCUCGCCGACAAGAUAUUCGUCGAAUGUUCAACGAUCGAUGUCGCGACGUGUCGGAGAGUUGCGGAUAGGGUGAAGCAGAAAUGUGAAAGUGCGGCGUUUUAUGACGCGCCGGUUAGUGGAGGGACGAGGGGAGCGCAAAAGGGCGAAAUCACGUUUAUGAUUGGGGGGAGGGAGGAAGAUGAGAAAAUGGGGGUUGUCAAGGAGGUAUUAGGGAGGAUGGGAAAGAAUUUGUUUGCGUGUGGAGGGUUGGGGAUGGGACUGACUUGUAAAUUGUCAAACAACUACGUCUCUGGUCUCAUUGCGAUAGCUCUGUCAGAGGGAAUGAAUAUAGGCAUGAGCCACGGCGUCGACCCAAAGGUCCUCUCUUCUAUAUUUGCUGUCAGCACCGCCGGGAGCUGGCUGAACCACUCGCCACAGCCCGUUCCCGGAGUUUGUCCCGACGCACCACCUUCGAACGACUAUAAAGGAGGCUUCAAAGUGCAGCUCAUGCGAAAAGACUUUAACCUCGCCGUCGAAGCUGCGAAUGAGACUGGUGUAAAACUCGCCUUGGGAGAAGCUGGUCUAGAGGUAUAUACAGGCGCUGCCAAUGACCCGAGAUGUGUAGAUCGCGAUUCGAGGGUUGUAUAUAGAUAUCUCGGUGGGAAUGAAUGA